AACUGAAAGAUUGAGGGAAAGUGACGAGCGACCCAUUUACUUUCUUUGGCAAAGUUCAGAUAAAUUCCAGAACGAAUCAUUAAUAAACAACGACACCAUGACGAUGCUUUCUUCGCUUCUUCUGUUGCCCCUCCUCUUGGUGUCAAGUGUGGCUGCUUCGGAUGCCCGCAGUCUUCAAAUUGCUGACUGGAGUGUUGAUAUUGGAACCAUCUCAUCCCAAUCAUUCUCCUUCAGCACCGGUGCUGGAGGUGGCGCCAACCCAAACAUCAAAGUAUCCAUCAGCAACCUGUGCCGUUCUGAGUCUGAUACAAGAACCGAAGUUGGUGAAUUCUUCCCAGCUUCCACUGUUUCUGGAAUUGAAGUGGAUUCUGAAGCUGUGCGAAACAACCCAGGUCCAGACAAUGCAUUAUCCUUCAACUUUGUGGAAGGUAUUGACAGCAAUGAUGCCAUCUUUGCAGACAAUGGUGAUGGUACUGCCGCAGUCGUCUUCUGUGCACUAGUUGGCCUCUACGAUCAAAAUGAGAUGGUGAACUUUUCAGAAAUCAAGCUUACUUAUUCAUUGGACCUCAUGACAAGCGUUGUUGAGUUGACUGGAUACGUCGUCUCCGGGGCUAGCACCUUUCAAGAUGCCUUGGACACUUCUAUCCACUUUGACGGUGAACUCAGUUCAUAUUUCUGUGAUUCCAGGACGCAAGAGUCCUUGACGAACAGUUCCGGCACAACCACUCAGGGAAGUGUUAUCAGCGUUUGCUUCACCAUCCCGGACCCGGUUACCGAGUUUCGAGUAGCGGACAUCUUGGACCUGACCAUUUCAAAUGCCAACGAUUUGGCCCCUUCUCAGUCCAUCCUCAUUGCAGGUGUCGAGCAAAGCUUUGGAAGCUACGUGUCGAAACGGUGCAGGAAGAAUGCAAGUCCAACAGGUACAGACAUGUGCCAGGUUGACUUGAUCCUGGGGGCAGACUUUUACGACUUUAAUGCUUUGAAUUUGACGGGAAGCGGCGUGAUUCUGCUAGAGUUUGGUUCUGCCGCUGGAGCCCGUGCUCUCCGUCAGGAACAACGAUCCUUACAGGUCAAGAAUACCAUGGAGUCGGUGGAAGUCGACCAAUACAGUGUUACAUUGGAGAAGAGGAAGGUGACAACGUCCGGAGCAAUGACGCCUCUAUCCAUUGUGUCCUCCGUCGCCACCUUGUUUGGCCUCGUAGCCGGCAUCGUGUAGAUUGGCAUGUCCAAUCCCAUGCCGGUAUGAGCAUCCCGAGAAAGCACGAUGCCUUGCAUUUUUAUGAAAAGUACAAUAGAGAUACACAACAAACAGUUCCUUGAAUGGCUUGGUUUAUAGUACCAGUGUGGUACAACCCCAAUAACUCGGCUUGGUUGACACUACCAAUGAGGUACAACCCCCUAAACUACGUAACCAUUCUAAUGUAGCACUUCUUCUUUCC